GGGCGGCGGCGGCGGGGGGCUGCGGGAGCCCUGCCCUGCCCGCCCGCCGCGCCGCCCGCCUCACCCGCGGCGCUUCCUGAGGGAGCGGCGGCGGCGGAGCCCAGCGCAGCCAUGUGAUGCCGGAGGAGCGCGGUGGCGAUGAUAUGGAAUGUGGGCAGCUGCCUCCGGCCACGCUCCGACAGGUGACGGUCCAGCGCCACCCCCUCUACGGAUUCGGCUUUGUGGCUGGCAGCGAGCGGCCCGUGGUGGUGCGGUCGGUGGCAGCAGGCGGCCCCUCUGAGGAUAAACUCCUGCCAGGAGACCAGAUCUUGGCCAUCAACGAUGAGGAUGUGAGUGAAGCCCCCAGAGAGAGAUUCAUCGAGCUUGUCAGGAAGGCCAAGGACUUCAUCAUCCUCACGGUCCUGCACACCCACCAGUCUCCCAAAUCUGCUUUCAUCAGCGCAGCCAAGAAGGCGAAGCUAAGGUCCAACCCGGCCAAAGUCCGAUUUUCUGAGCAGGUGACAGUCGGCGAGACAGACCCAGACAUGUUGAAGAAAGAAGCUCUCCUCCUCAUUCCCAACGUGCUGAAGGUUUUCCUGGAGAACGGGCAGAUCAAAUCCUUCACGUUCGAUGGCCGAACCACUGUGAAGGACGUGAUGGUGACGUUGCAGGACCGCCUGUCGCUGAGACACAUCGAGCACUUUGCCCUGGUCCUGGAGUAUUCCAGCCCGGAGCAGAGCCACCGCUUCCUGCUGCUCCAGGACAAGCAGCCGCUGGCCCACGUUGUGCAAAGAACACACUACCAUGGCAUGAGAUGCCUCUUCCGUGUGAGCUUCUUCCCCAAGGACCCAGUGGAGCUGCUGCGCCGGGACCCUGCAGCUUUCGAGUACCUGUACAUCCAGAGCCGCAACGAUGUGAUCAGAGAGCGCUUCGGCACAGACCCCAAGCCAGAGAUGCUGCUGGGGCUGGCUGCCCUCCACAUCUACAUCACUGUCUCAGCCACUCGCCCCAGCCAGAAGGUCUCCCUCAAGAAUGUGGAGAAGGAGUGGGGCCUGGAGCCCUUCCUGCCCCCCUCGCUCCUGCAGCUCAUCAAAGAGAAGAGCCUCCGGAAAUCCCUCUCACAGCAGCUCAAAGCCCACCAGCACCAGCCUGGUGGCACCAAGGUCUCCACAGCUCAGGCAAAGCUGCAGUACCUGAGGAUCCUGAACGAGCUGCCGACCUUCGCUGGGGUUCUCUUCAACACGGUGGGACUGCAGGAUGAGAAGCAGCCAGCCACCACCCUGCUGGUGGGACCCCGGCACGGCAUCAGCCACGUCAUUGACCUGAAGACCAACCUCACCACGGUGCUGUCAGAGUUCAGCAAGGUCAGCAAGAUCCAGCUGUUCAGGGAGAACCAGGGCGUGGCCCGGGUGGAGACCAGCAUCCUGGAUGCCAAGCCGCUGGUGUUGCUGAUGGAGUGGCCUGAGGCCACCAACUUCGCCUGCCUCAUCGCAGGCUACUGCCGGCUCCUGGUGGACUCCAAGAAGAUGAUCCUGUCCAGGGCCCCCAGCCAGCCACCCCCACCUCAGAUUAUCAAGGCAGAUUACAUCAACGCACACAACUUCCACCGGCCUGCCACGGCAGGGCACAUGGGAAAGAAAGAGAAUGGGCUGGUGGGUGGCUCUGCCACUGUCACCGGAGCAGCCGGGGCUUCUGCCACCAGGGCGUCAGACUCGGAGCUCAUCCGCUUCUGCUACCUGCACAUGCGAGAGCAGAGGAAGGAAAGAGAGAGCGGGACGGAUAUCAACGAAAACCUGAUUUUUUUUGAGGAAACUCGUCCCAGGACCAAAUCUGACCCCACUUCCAAAAGCUCUGGCCAAGGCUACAACGGGGCAGCUAAGGAGUACGACCCGGAUGGCCUCGAGCAAGACAGGCACGCCAGCAGGGCCAGGGCACACACCAUAGACACCCACCUGCGCAGCGACGCCUCCCACUUCUACUGCGAGUCCUGCCAAGCCAAGAUCAAGAGCCGGCUGGCCUCGGGCACGGGGGGCAAGCCUGGCAGCACCCGCGACACCACGGUGGACUUGAUGUCGCUUCCCCCUCCCGGGAAUGACGAGGAAGAAGACGAGACAACAUCCCUGCUCCCCGCCAUCGCCGCUCCCCCUCCUGGCUUCCGAGACAACAGCUCCGACGAGGACGACCCGAAGCGCCGGGCAGCUGCCCAGAGCCAGGAGCAGGGCCGGCACCUCUGCGGCAUCCUCUACGACGAGAUCCCGGUCACUCUGAUCGACAACGUGCAGCCACGGACCGUCCGAGACCACGCCCAAGAGCUGGAUGAUGCCCUGGUGUCCACCCUGCAGGCGCUGGAAGCCCUGGCUGCUUCAGAGGAUUGUCCACAUCCCCCACCACAGCAGACAGCAGGUCUUAUUGUCCUGGCUGCCAUCACUCCUGAGUCAUCCUUGGACUCUGGCCACGAAACGAACUCCUCAGAGCUGACCGAUGUCUCAGAGAUGGUCUCUGCUAUGAAGCAGCAUCAGAACGCAGCCUACUUCCUCACCCAGCACAUCAGCAAAGAAAACCUCCUGGCCAGGAAGGACUUGCCUUUCCGAAUCCAGAGCUGUGCUGCCCAGGCUGUUCUCACCUCCCCCUACCCCCUGAGCCGCCAGGACCCGAGCCCCUCACUGAAGCCAGCCUUCUCCACCCAAAGUCCCAGCCUUACCAACUGCAAGAGCAAGCAGGAGCAGCAGCACGGGGAGCGGAGCUGCACCUCGGCUGCCCAGCCAGGGCUGACGCCCCAGCUCAGUGAGCAGAGCAAGGGGACUUCAGUGCCAAGCUCUGAGUGCAAAGCUGCGGGUCACACAAAAGCUGCCUUUGAGGUAUCUCUGCAUGCCACAGCAGCCCCAAGCAGGGAGCAGGCACAGGAUCUACAAGAGAAGAUGCCCAAAGAGAUGCAGCCGAGCUCCAAGCUGCUCCUGGAUCAGAAAAGCAGUGUAACUCCAGCCAUCGUUUCAGCUGCUCUGCAGCAGGUGGCAAAUGCAAAAGCCUCAGCUCCCCAAGUGGUAUCAUCCUUAAAAGAAGAUCAGAACAUGAACGGUACCAGCAGCUGUGCAUCAGCCAGCAGCAAGCCUUUGGCACUUAAAGAAGGUCCACAAACUGCAGAGACAUUGUGCAACUGUCAGCAGCAGCAGCAGCAGCAGCAAGUCUCUCUGCAGCAGCACUGUGAAGUUUCUCCAAGUCCUAAGAAAGCUCCUGGCAGUCAGGCUGAAGCUUUCCACCUCACCUCAGCAGGCGAGGAAAUGAUGUCCAGUAAGACUUUUGCCUCUAAAAGCUACCAGCAAAAAGGGAGUAGAGAUGCUCCAGGAAAAGCUGCAAGUGGAGAGACAGGUCAGAAGGCAGGUGGGGAAGCCACAAGCCUCAUCUUGCAGAAACACUCAGCUCCUUCAAACCAAGGACAGAAAAUACAACAGGAAAGCUCGGCCAAAAUCUUAAAAGCUGACAGCAGCAAUGUGCACUCUCCAUCACCUGGUAGCACUUUCAGGAGCCCCAGUGAGGAAGCCAAAGGGCCAAUCCAGCUGAUGCCCAGAUCCGAGAGCCUGCAGAUUAGCACUGUGCCUUCCAAAAAAGUAGAGAAAGUCCUGGAGGUAACCCAGCAAGAUGCUGAUGUCCCAGCUAAACCCAAAGCCCCAAAAGCUCCCUUCAGGCUUAGGAACCUGUUCUCUGCAACAUUUCCCACCCGGCUGAAGAAGGAGACGGACGAGCGGCAGGCCCAGCUGCAGAAGGUGAAGCAGUAUGAGCUGGAAUUCCUUGAAGAGCUGCUCAAGCCAAAGAGCAAAAGUGACCUCCCACCACAGGAGUAUCUGCACCCGCCUGCCCCUGGGCGCUGCAGCUGCCAGCUGAGGAGCAGUCCUGUGCAAAAGGUCCCAGGGAUGUCCAGGGAGCAAAGGCGUAGCUGUGACUGCAAGCGGAUUUGCAGGGGAAUGAGGCCACCCCCCAACCAGCUGGUGAUACCAGAACUGGAGAGGCGAGGCAGGGAUAAAGUUGCAGAUGACCAGAAGCAGGUGGAAGCCAUUAGGCUGACCAGCAUGAGCAGCCCUUCCAAAGGCAAACGGCUACGAUCCACAAGUUUAGAGUCCAGAGACAACCGGUCAGAUCCAGAGAACGGCAUGUCCUGUUUGACAACGUGCACCUCCCGAGGGGAGUGCAUGGGUGCACCCCACUACAGGAAGCUCUUGCGUCGCUACAGUGUCAGUGAAAUAGAUAAGACUGAUAGGACAUCCUUGUCCUCUGACGUCUACCAGAACCUCUACACAGCCAAGCAGAAAGGCCCCCAGAAAGAGCCCGAGCCCAGCAUCCUCUGUCCUAUUCUGAAGAGCAAAAUCCAGGAAGCCUCUGGAGUGACUGACCCCUCCUACGUCCAGAUAGCACAGGACAAAAAGAACCAGAAGGGUUCAGCAGUGUUCUCUGUCCAGGAGGAGAUGUACCCAAGUCCUGCUGAGCUGCGGGAUGAAGACAUGGAGGAUGAGAAGUGCUGCUCCAUCCGGUACUGCUUCUACUACAGAAAAUGUGAUGUUGCAGAUGAUGGGAGCGAGAAGGAUGAGCUGUCCUAUUCCAUCCCCAUGCAGAUACUCCCGGGAAUGAAGCUGGACAAUCAGAUGGUCCCAGUCAUGAGCAGGACUCUUCAGGUCCUAGAUGCAACAGCCUGCAGCAGUCCCAAUGAGAGCCAGACCCAGGAAAUAGAUUUAAGGACCUCCAGUUUUGAAGGAAGCUUGGCAAAGAUCAACACCCUUCGAGGCCAUGCCUACAGCUUUCCCAAUGGGUUUCUGCAGGUGCAGCUGGACACCAACGAGCUCCUGACCAUCCUGAGGCAGUGUGUGCUGAGCCCUGAGGUCCGGGACUGCAAACCCUACAUCUCCCAGCUGGCUGAGUACAAGCAGGAGCUGGCCCUCAAGUUCAAGGAGUUCCGGGCGUCCUGCCGCCGCGUGGCUGCCGUGGACAAGAGUCCCACCCACAUGCUCUCCGCCAUCACGAGCAGCUUCCAGGUGCUAAGCAGCCUCAUCGAGACCUUUGUGAGGCUGGUGUACGUCGUGCGCUCCGAGUCCCAGCGCCAAGAGCUGCUGACGAAGGUGGAGGAGGUGGUGAGAAACUACACCUUCCUCCUGAAGGCUGCUGAGGAGUCCACGGCCAGAACGCUGAGCCACCAGCAGACUGUGGAGCAGCUCGCCCGCCAGUCAGCCACGGUCGCCACUGUCAUGAGCACCCUCACACGCUCCCUAAAGACGUUGAUCAACAAGUAAAGCCAGCUGUGAAGACCAAAAAGGCAGUGUGUGCCAGGCCAUGCUCUCAAAUCUCACAGGUCUGGUGAGGAUGCGAUGCCUGCAGGCCCACGUUUACCGGGGUUUGCGAUAGCCAAGACACUCUUUGAUCUCUGCAGAAUGGAUGGUUGUGUUGGUGAUGGGUUUGAAGAGUGAAUUCGUGCCCUGUCACAAGCUGUGCAAUCAGCUGGUCCAGGGACUCAAGCAGCUUCUCUGCUUGUUGUCCCACACUGGCUUGUUGGUGACAGUACUUGGGGGGUACAGGCACCCCAUCUCCACUCCAGUUUGGUUCCAUGGGGUUCUGGGCCUCGCUCAUGCAGACCUUUGUCACAGUUUGUGGUGGGCCAGUGAGCUAUCAGGAGCUGAGCCGAGGUCUCCUGGCUUCACUUGGGCAGUCUGGAGCCAAACCAGUGUCUUGCCACGUAAACAAUUCUUCUGCUUCCAGGAUCUUCCUGGCCCACAAACACAACGUAAUUAGCAGCAGAAGCGAUCUCUGGGGUGCAAGCCCCUGCUGCUGUGCUAGGGCUUGGGAAGUAGUCCUAGCAGGGGCAGGAUGCCAUAAUAGUGGGACAGGGCUAGGGCACACUACUGGGCUCUGCUCUCACAGCUUAGGCCCCAGUGCUCUAGUCCUGAGCACAGGCACUGGCUGUGCCACAGGCAAGGGCUUAAUGCCUAAAAGUGGGGACAGUCCAGAGAACUACAGGACUGUCAGUCCGACCUUGGUGCCGAGAAGGUCACGGAGCAGAUGAUCUUGAGUGCCAUCCCAUGGCACACACAGGACAAGGGGAUCAGGCCCAGCCAGCACAGGGGAGAGGCAGGUGCUGCUGGACCAGCCUGGCCUCCUUCUAUGACAGGGUGACUCUGUGGGUGAAGGAAAGGCUGUGGAUGUUGUCUGCCUAGAUUUUAGUCAAAAAUCUAACACUGUGUUCUUCACUGUGUUCUUCAGCAUUCUCCUUGAGAAACAUUAUGGAUGGAUGGAUGGAUGGAUGGAUGGAUGGAUGGAUGGAUGGAUGGAUGGAUGGAUGGAUGGAUGGAUGGGCCCCAGAGAGUGGUGGAGAAUAGAGUUAAAUCCAGCUGGGGCCAUCACCAGUGGUGUUCCCCAAGGCUCAGCACUGGGCCUGUCCUGCUUAUUAUCUUUUGAGAACACCCUCAGUCAGUCUGCAGAUGACACCAGUUUGGGUGAGAGUGUUGUGCUGCAGGGCAGGAAGGCCCUGCAAGGGAUCUGGCCAGGCUGGGUCCAUGGGCUGAGGCCAAUUGUGUGAGGGUCAGCCAGGUCCUGUCCUUGGCACAACCCCCUGCAGCUCCAGGCUGGGCAGAGGGGCUGGAAGGUGCCUGGUGGGAAAGGCCCUGGGGGUGCUGCCCAACAGCAGCUCAACAGGAGCCAGGUGUGCCCAGGUGGGCAAGAGGCCAGUGGCACCUGGCCUGUCCCAGCCGUGGUGUGGCCAGCAGGACCAGCACAGUGACUGUCCCCAGACUGGGCCCUGCUGAGGCCACUCCUCAAAUCCUGUGUCCAGCUCUGGGCCCCUCACAACAGGAAAGACACUGAGGGGCUGGAGCAUGUCCAGAGAAGGGAACGGAGCUGGGGAAGGGUCUGGAACACAGGUCUGAUGGGGAGCAGCUGGGGGGCCUCAGCCUGGAGAAAAAAAGGCUCAUGGGGGACCUUCUGGUUCUGCACAACUCCCUGACAGGAGGGGGCAGCCAGGUGGGGAUCGGUCUCUUCCCCCAGGUAGCAAGAGACAGGAUGAGAGAAAAGGGCUUCAUGUUGUGCCAGGGGAGGUUUAGAUUGGAUGUAAGAAAAAUUUCUUCACUGAUGGUGGUCAGGUUUUGGAACAGGCUGACUAGGGAAGUUGUGGAGUCACCAUGCCUGGAGGUGUUUAAAAGACCUUUAGUUGUGCCAUUUGGGGACAUGGUUUAGUGGUGCCCUUGGCAGUGCUGGGGAAAUACUUGGACUCAAUAAUCUCAGAGGUCUUUUCCUACCAAAACAAUUCUGCGUUCCUCUUCUGGAUGGCUGAAUCCAUACUAGAGACCCUGCAAGGAACCCAGAUUGAUUGAUCUUUGACCACUGCAAGCCAGAAGGUGGGCUAGCAGCUGAGGGGAGACCACUUUCACACCAUUCUCCAGAGGUUAGGUUCAUGCCCCCAAGGCUCAGCCCAAACCCUCUCCUAUUUCUUUUCACUGUGACCAUCAGAGAGGAGCCCCGGAUCAGCUCUGACUGUGAGCCAGGCAGGGGCUGUCCUCCUUGCCAGGGUAUUGGGGUUCUUUUUCUGUCUUCACCAGGCUGACUGCCAUAAGAAGCAUUAUUUAGUUCUCUGAGGUGGUUAUUUACUUGGAGUUGGGGUUUUUUUAUUGUUUUGGGGUUUUUGUUUUCACUCCUGAAUGGUAAAAUGAUUCCUAGUUGUGUUCCUUCUCACCCCAAGGUUCCCCUCCUCCUCCCAGUCUAGUAAUAGACACAAUCAAUGAGACAGCCUUAACUGGUGUUUCCCUGCAGCCACCCACCCUCCAAAACAGAGCAAGGAGAGAAGUGCAAGGUCACACAUUGCAUUGCCCUCACCCUGCCACCCAGCGCAGUUCACGUCCCGCCGGGAUCCCGGCGCCUGUCCCUGUCACAGCCCCUCUGGCUGGGCAGGAGGGCACAGCCUGGCCUCAGGGGAGUGAGGGCAGCUGUCCAUGCCAGGCAGCUCGCCCCAGCCCUUGGGGAUGAUCAGGGAUCUCCGUGCGAGCAGUCGCUUCCCAUCUCCAUUAUUUUUGAUAAAUAUGCACAUUGGAAAUGUCUCGUUCUUCCAUAGGAGCUAUGGAAAUGCACAAAUGUGCUUUUAACAUGUGCAUCCUCGGAGUGCAAUAACCUCCCCCGGCCCAUGGCUGUCAGCAAGGCACAGAGCAUCCUGCUGUGGGGACAGCCUCCUGAUUUCAAGAACCAUGUAGCAAAUAUCCAGUGGAAGAGCCAAUUGGGACUUCAGUCCAUGGUGGGCAAGGCUUGUUACAGUGCUGAAGGCUGACAGGGAGACGUGUUUUCCUUUUCCCUGGGAAUUAUCUAGUAUGAAACUGAGUUUUUUCAAAGCUCCCCGUUAUGCCUAUAUCAUUCCUCCAUAAAUCUCUCAGUCUAAUACAGAGGAAAAAUUUUUUAUUGUCUGUAUAUAUUAUAUAUAAAUAAAAAUAUAUGUUAUAUCUAUACACAAAUUUAUGUCUUGUUUUACAAACAAGAAAGAUUAAAUAUAUUAAUCUUAAUAUC